AUGUCGCUGCACUAUCCUCACGGAUACCGGUACCGAUCCGCGUCGAAGGCGGUCAGCGGAACCGGGGUCGGCGAGCAGGGCUCCGACAGCGACGUGGCGGAGCUCAGCGACCUCGAGGACGACGAGGACGAGGAUGGGGCUCGCGAAUCUGCCGAUAAGCGAGCGGUCGAGGGGGAAGAUGAAGACGAGGAUGAUGAGAAUGGUGAGAACGACGUGGACGACGAGGACGACGACGACGAUGACGACGAAGACGAGGAUGACGACGAUGAGGAUGAAGAGGAGGAGGGCGAGGGUCUACCCUAUCCAGGUUUCAUUCCGAUCGCUCUCAGAUAUCUCGACCAGACCACACGACCGCGCAACUGGUGUCUCGCGCUGAUUACUAAUCCGUGGUUCGAAAGGGUGAGCAUGAUGGUGAUCCUUCUGAACUGCAUCACGCUCGGGAUGUACCAGCCAUGCGUGGACGACCAGUGCGUAACGAAUCGAUGUAAGAUACUGCAGAUGUUCGAUGAUAUCAUUUUUGCCUUCUUCUCUUUGGAGAUGACCAUAAAGAUGGUAGCGAUGGGAAUUUACGGUAAAGGAACUUAUCUUGCGGAUUCCUGGAAUAGAUUAGAUUUCUUUAUAGUGCUGGCUGGCGCUUUGGAAUACUGCCUAAACGUGGAAAAUAUGAAUCUGUCAGCCAUCCGAACGAUAAGAGUAUUAAGGCCGUUACGAGCGAUCAAUCGAAUACCAAGUAUGCGGAUACUGGUGAUGCUGCUGCUCGACACCCUUCCCAUGCUGGGCAACGUGUUGUUAUUGUGCUUCUUCGUCUUCUUCAUAUUCGGCAUCGUGGGCGUGCAGCUAUGGGAAGGCAUACUACGCCAACGCUGCUUCCUCAAGGCUCUGCCCAACAUCAAGUAUCCCGACGAUCUGGAGAAGUAUUUCGAGUAUCAGGGUCAGGAUUACAUUUGUUCGCGUCCCGACGACAGCGGGAUGCACUCCUGCAGUAAUCUACCACCUCUUAAAUUGGGCAACUUGGUGUGCAACAGUACUGCUGUGCCAAACAGUAACGUGACGUACAUCAACAAUGAUACCUGUGUUAAUUGGAACUACUACUACACCGAGUGCAAAGGCCAGGGCAACAAUCCAUUCCAAGGAACAAUUUCAUUCGAUAACAUCGGUCUCGCCUGGGUUGCGAUAUUUCUUGUUAUUAGCCUGGAAGGAUGGACGGACAUAAUGUAUUACGUGCAAGACGCCCACUCCUUCUGGGACUGGAUAUAUUUCGUUCUCCUGAUAGUCAUUGGUUCGUUCUUCAUGAUCAACCUCUGCUUGGUCGUAAUCGCGACGCAAUUUUCGGAAACGAAGAAGCGGGAAAUGGAGAGAAUGCGGCUGGAGCGCGCGCGCUACCAUUCGACCUCGACGCUUGCCUCAUCCACGAAUACCUCGGAGCCUACUACUUGUUACGCCGAAAUCGUCAAAUACAUCGCCCAUCUCUGGCGACGAGGUAAACGAAGACUGAUGAAGAGAUAUCGCCUGUGGCUUUAUAGGAGGCAGCAGAAACGGGAGCAGAAUCUACUCAAGGAGCAGCAGACUCAAGCGUCUCGUUCAAACGCAGCUGCUGUCGGACCAAAUCGCGUACCGGGUGACAGAAGACUGCAUCACGGGAGAUGUCCGCGGCUCCUCGCCGCGCUAGAAUACGCAGAGCAGCAACAGCAACAACAGCAGCAACAGGCUACCAAUGGAAACGGUGGAUCUGUCGGCGAUUUCGCCGCGAUGAUAUCCCCGACGCAAUCGGCGAUGGCAAUUGCCGUCCCCACGACUAUCGGCAAUAGCGUCGGUGGUAGUGGAAACCUGGGCACCGCGCCUCGAGCUAGCCCCGAGCUUUCCGAGGCCGAGGCUUCCGCAAAUGUAUGUCACAGAUUAAGCAUUCAUCGCACCUCGUCCGUGUCCUGUAACGGAAGCGACAACGCUGUCGUGGGAAAUGUGGCUGAGGCAAGUACAGAUAUCACGAACAGCACGUUGUUGAGUCCACCAUGUACGCAUUAUCGGAGAAGAAGCAGCGUAAUGUUUAGCGACGUCGUACUGCUCCAUGGCAGCAAUAAUGUCGGGAAUGCGUUGCAGCCGGGGUUGACGGUGACACCGGGCGAACGUAACGUCUGCUCGAGCGAGAAGAUGACACAGACGGGCGAUGGUAACGUUUGGUCCAGUCCACUGCCGGACCACGCACAGAUGCAAGCCGAACUGGGUGGCAACGAGGCUAUGACGUGUCAAGAAUUGUUGGCUCUCAGUGGUGCUCUCAGUGCUGCUCUGCCAACCGGCCAAUUAGCGCUCGAUUCGUUUUUAAAUUCUCUCACGAAAGGUAUAACAGAUCGUCACAUUACAUUGGAAGAUCGCACGCAGUGGUUAACAUCCGACGUUGACAACUGUUCCUGUUGCUGCGAACUGCAGGGAGGUGAUCAGUGGCCGGAUGAUGGCGAGAAGUGGCAAAAGUCUUCGCGGCCUAGACAGCUACUGAGACGAACUGUCAGCUGCUGUAUCUGUACAUUGCGUUGUAUAAGACGGUGGAUCAAGAAGCUGGUCGAGCACAAAUACUUCCAACAGGGUAUUUUACUGGCGAUCCUCAUCAAUACUUUAAGCAUGGGAAUCGAAUAUCACAAUCAGCCAGAACAGUUAACGGUGGCCGUUGAGAUAAGCAACAUUGUAUUCUCGGCAAUCUUCGCGGUGGAAAUGUUGCUUAAGAUAAUAGCGGAAGGUCCAUUCGGUUAUAUCAGUAAUGGCUUCAAUGUUUUCGACGGCGUCGUCGUCGUUUUGAGCGUCGUCGAGCUCUGCCAAUCAGUCGUAGAAGAGCGUGGUGGCAGUUCCGGUCUGAGUGUCUUGCGUACCUUCCGCCUCCUCAGGAUCCUGAAGCUAGUUCGAUUUCUGCCCAACCUACGACGUCAGCUCUUCGUGAUGCUGCGCACCAUGGAUAACGUUGCCGUAUUCUUUUCUCUUUUAGUACUUUUCAUCUUUAUAUUCAGCAUCCUAGGGAUGUACCUGUUCGGGGGUAAGUUUUGCAUGUGGGCGGACCGGAGUCGGCCCUGCACCUGUGCCGAGGUGGUCUCACGGCACCCAUUGUGUCGCUGUGAUCGCAAACAUUUCAACGACAUCGUCUGGGCACUAGUCACUGUUUUUCAGAUUCUCACACAGGAAGAUUGGAAUGUCGUUCUCUUCAACGGUAUGCAGAAGACGUCUCAUUGGGCUGCGCUUUAUUUCGUAGCAUUGAUGACUUUCGGCAACUACGUCCUCUUUAAUCUCCUAGUCGCUAUUCUUGUUGAAGGUUUCUCGUCGGAGAGAAACGAAAGGAGAGAACGAGAGCAAAGAGAAUUGGCGAAAAGGCUCGCCGCAAAAGAGGCUGGAAUGGGCAGCGAGGACGGAUCGUCGAGAAUAUCGGGAUCACAUUCGAUCUCUGACAGCGAUACAUAUACCCAGGAUCAAAAGAAUUCGUGGCAAAGUGCAGAAGAACUUAGGAAGUACAAGGACAACCGGGAGAAGCAGAACAGCGUGUGGAAGCAGCGGAUCGAUGAACCUAAGUGUAAUAUCCAGAAAGAGAGUAAGAUGAUGGGUGUGGCGGGUCAGCCGCCGAUAAUUACUCAUACAGCAGCCACUCCUCAAGACUCCCCGAACACCACGUUAGACGUCGGCUACAGAGAUCUCAAUUGUCGAGCAGUUUAUCCGGCUGCUGCUCUUUCAAUCGAGUCCAUCGAUCGAUCUGGUAGUCAGUGCAGUAUACCCUCGGGAUUGCUAAAGCUACCCGACGUAUCCAACAAAAUACCGACGAAUAACUUAAUAGCUGGUCAAUUCCCGAGACGCAUAAGCCUCGUUACGGCCGUUGUUAAUCCCUCGACGAGGGACUCGAGUUCUAGUCCGCCGAGGGUUCAAAGAGGAUACUCGUGGCGCUUGUCGCGGCCAUCUUUGGGAAGGAAACGAUGGUCGCAAAGUGAUGAUGAGCACACCGGCCAUACUACUGUACUAAACAAUGGGCGCAGUACUCUCGUUGGAUCCAAUUUAACAUUUAAUGGCGGUUAUUUACACGGUUCGAUAAGAAACGAUACUCAACGCGAUGCGCCCAAUAAUCGAACUACCGUCCUGACAAGCAAUAAUCGUAGUUUGAGUCCUAAUAAUUCGCUCGAAAGCCAUGCUCCAUGGUCGAUUCGUCGAUACACAGUUACGCCUAAUCAGAUGCGAUGGAUCGGUGAGCUUUCACGGAGAAAUUCACUGCGCGGAUACGAGAAUGUUCAGACGUCCACGAGGAAAACGCUACCAUUGGAUGAAAUGCUCGCACCGUCCUCGACCCCACGCACGAUCAAUAAUCUCUCGAUGGAGACUGGUCCGCUGCCAAGAAUCAAACGACUCCGUGAACAAGAAGAGGAACGUCCGAGAGCAGGUGGCGAGCAAACCCCGCCAUCGAAUGGUCAUGGUAGCGCAAGCAGUAUCGAAAGAAUAAAAAAAAUAUUCAUGUUUUUUGAACCUAAAGGCUGCUUGCAGGAACGCGACAAUUAUUCCUUAUAUUUAUUCCCACCGAAUAACAGAUUUCGCAUCUUGUGUCAAUGGCUCGUGGAUCAAAAAUGGUUCGACAAUGUGGUAUUGCUAUUUAUUGGAUUAAAUUGCAUUACUCUAGCGAUGGAACGACCGAAUAUACCGCCAGACAGUCGUGAGAGAAUUUUUCUAUCUACCGCGAAUUACAUUUUUACUGCUGUUUUUGCCAUCGAGAUGUUCAUUAAGGUCGUUGCAACGAGUAUGUUAUAUGGCGCAGACGCUUAUUUUACAUCAGGUUGGAAUAUUAUGGACGGAUCUCUUGUUAUCAUUUCUAUAAUUGAUUUAUCGAUGUCGUUACUCUCGUCUAGUAGCCCCAGAAUAUUUGGCAUUUUAAGGGUAUUUAGACUACUGAGAUCACUGAGACCUUUGCGUGUCAUCAAUCGUGCACCUGGUUUAAAGCUGGUUGUCCAGACAUUGCUGUCUUCAUUACGACCCAUCGGCAACAUCGUUCUUAUUUGCUGCACGUUUUUUGUCAUCUUUGGUAUUCUCGGGGUUCAGUUGUUUAAGGGUGCGUUCUAUUAUUGCGAAGGCCCCGAUAUAAAGAAUGUACGCAAUAAAACGGACUGUCUGUCCGAUAAGCGAAAUCUGUGGCUGAACAGAAAGUACAAUUUCGACGAUCUCGGUAAAGCGCUUAUGUCAUUGUUCGUUUUAUCGUCACGAGAUGGAUGGGUAAACAUCAUGUAUACUGGUCUAGACGCUGUCGGGGUCGAUCAACAGCCUAUCGAAAAUUACUCUGAGUGGCGAUUAUUGUAUUUCAUCGCGUUCAUAUUGCUGGUGGGUUUCUUCGUGCUGAACAUGUUCGUCGGAGUGGUGGUCGAAAAUUUUCAUAGAUGUCGUGAAGAACAGGAGAAAGAAGAGCGCGUGCGAAGGGCGGCUAAACGCGCGUUGCAAAUGGAGAAAAAGAGACGAAAGAUGCACGAGCCGCCGUAUUACACCCGUUAUUCUAAGGCACGGUUAUUCGUCCACAAUGUUGUAACAUCCAAGUACUUCGAUCUGGCGAUCGCUGCCGUUAUCGGUCUCAAUGUCGUUACGAUGGCGAUGGAGUUUUACAUGAUGCCGAAAGCGCUCACUUAUGCACUGAAGAUCUUUAAUUAUUUCUUCACUGCAGUUUUCAUUCUCGAAUCCAUAAUGAAACUUGUCGCCCUCGGCAUACAGCUUUAUCUAAAGGACAAGUGGAACCAAUUGGACGUGGGAAUAGUAAUACUAUCAGUGGUCGGCAUCGUGUUAGAAGAGGUCGAAUCUAAGAUUAUCCCCAUUAAUCCCACGAUAAUUCGCGUAAUGCGGGUGUUGCGAAUAGCCCGGGUGUUAAAGCUCUUGAAAAUGGCGAAGGGCAUACGUGCCCUCUUGGACACGGUGAUGCAAGCGUUACCGCAAGUCGGAAAUCUGGGACUAUUAUUUUUUUUACUUUUCUUUAUAUUUGCUGCGCUAGGGGUGGAACUUUUUGGUCGACUAGAAUGCAAUGAUGAUAUGCCUUGCCAAGGUCUUGGCGAGCACGCGCACUUUAGUAACUUUGGCAUGGCCUUUUUGACGCUUUUCCGGGUCGCCACUGGUGACAAUUGGAAUGGAAUCAUGAAGGACACGCUAAGGGACGAUUGCGAUGAUGCGGCGGACUGUGUUAAAAAUUGUUGUGUGAGCAGUAUCAUCGCACCAAUAUUUUUUGUAAUUUUUGUUUUGAUGGCACAAUUUGUACUGGUAAACGUCGUCGUCGCUGUGCUGAUGAAACAUCUGGAAGAAAGUCACAAACAGAUGGAGGACGAGCUCGAUAUGGAGACACAAUUGGAGAGAGAAUUAGCGGCGGAGCAGGAAGAACUUCUCGACGAAGAAGAUGAGGACGACAUGGUGAUGAAUGGCAGAAUAAAUGGCGAUGAAGAUGACGAUGAAGAUUAUAAAGAACGCGAGUCGAUGGUGGUAAACGAUAAAAUACACGUAAGACCAGGAUUAGCUAAAGUUCGGUCUUUACCUGCAAAUUUUAUUUACAAUCCACCGAGGGAGAGAAACGUCGAUGAUGCCUCGAUUUCCGUAUCCUUGGACGAGAAACGUCGUAGUUCCAGUUCAAGACCGUCCAAGUUUAAGUCAAAACGCAGGCAAACCUUCCAUUCGAGCCAUCAUCAACGAAGGUCACUGCUGCCAAUGCACUUUGAGGUCGCCGAAGUUUUUGAGAAACCUGUGAGUAAUCUGAGCGUACCUCGAAUUAUUCCACAUCGCAGUUACGCCACAACUAGUCAAGACGUCAGUCGAAUACAACGUCAGAAAUUGCCGGUGACUACCAGUGAAGCGCGUGAAAAUAAAUCUCUGUUAACCGUAAGCAAGCCGCCGAUCAGCCCCUCAUUGGUCACUUCCCCUGGUUCGAGCAGCACUCUGAGCGUUCCGCCGAAAUUGACCAGCGAUCGUUACCUGAUGCCAACCGCCGAGAUCUACCCGUCCAAGGCGACAAUGAGCCGCCGGACAUCGAGCGACACGCAAUCACCGACGCCAUCAGAUACGACGAGUGCAAGCGCCGGUACUAGCAGUACACGAACGCCCAGCAUCGCAAAUGGCUAUGUCGGUGGCAAAGCUCGACUGGAGGAACCAAAGAAGAAGAUGACAGAAGAGAGAAGACGCCCGACGACAACGACGGUACCGACGCCGCCCCAAGAAGACCUUGAUGUGCAGUCUGUUAUCAACGAGAGGAGACCGUCCAAGUUGAAAACGCAUGAUGCUGGCGCGUCCACCACUACCAGCAUCGCCAGCGAUCAAUACAGCGCGAUGAUCCGCGGUGAGGGUUACAGCCAUAUCUAUGUCACUACCGAGGAGAGAUCCGAUGAAAUCCCUUCGCCAUGUGGCAACGCGAGUGAAAGUACCGGUACCGGUAGCCUGAGCGUCGCUGGCAGUCUCAGCGCCGUCGCCAGCAUCAGCGUCGCCGUGAGUGCUGGCGCGGCUGGUAGCAUCAGCAAUGGUAGUGGCAACGGUAGCGGCAGCCGAAGCGGCAACGGCAGUGGGAACGACGGUGGAGUGCAUAUCGGUGAGGGCGGCGCCAUCGGAUCUGACGUGAGAAUAUACGUGGACGACACAGACUCGGCAAGCAGCAGCAACGGGCAACGGCGCGGCGGCAGAUUGCGCGACGACGAAAUCCAGGACGUCUCGACUACCAUCUCCUCUACUACGACGAUGAGAAAUGGUAGAGGCAGUGGCGACACGGACGAAAGCAAGGAGAUACCCGAGAGACCGUCCUCCACUGGCGGAUCGUUGGAUCCGCCCUCUUAAUCCAGGGCGAGCGAGCCAAUAUAGUCUCUAGUUGUACGUACGAAAUGUUUCCAAGGGAUGAAACAUGGUACACAUAUUGUAUUAUACACAUGGUAUACACUGCACGGCGGAAACACAUUAUGGUGAAAGAUCGCGGGAGGGAUUUAAGAAAGGGCUCUAAGAAAGACUGUAGUGCAUGACAAUAUAGUCGUUAUAUUAUAGUCACUUCGCCGCCGUGAACUUGCCAAAACGAACAAGUCGAGCAUUUAGAGAGAGGUUGAACUUUUUGGGAGAAAGAGUGAGAGAGAGAGAGAGAGAGAGAGAGAGAGGGAGUACGAAAAACAUAUUCUGCGCAUCAUGUAAAGGAGAUACAAUCGCGCGGACGGCAUGAUAUAAUUA